AUGGACGUUUCAAGGUCUAGAGUGGCUUCAGGCAGCUCCCUGCCCUCCACUGUCGCCUCACACACUGGCACCGGUUGGGGCGUCGACAUCCCAGGAGCGUCGGCAUCCCUUGCUAGUUCCUCACGCACAGGCCUCGCUUCUCGAGUACACAGAGAACGCGAGAGGAGCAGCAGGCCAAAGGACAAACAUAUACUCGCUCUGCGCUCCAUUCGCGACUUUCUCCGUGGGCGCAGCAGCUACGACGUACUUCCCGUCAGUUUCCGUCUCAUCGUGCUAGACACCAAGCUCGUCGUCAAGCCGGCGCUCGAGGUCAUGUGGCAGGCUGGCGUAGUGUCUGCUCCCCUCUGGCAGUCGACACCGCAUGAACUCCUCGGUAACUCUUCCAGCCAAGACGCAGAGCGACAACAACCUCAACCAUCAGCUCAAGUCCAAGAUAGCAAAGAUCCAACACAACCAGAAGGCCGAGUCAGUCCUAAGACUACGUCAGACGCAAAGUCAACAAAGAGUACAUCCGACAAAGCACACCAGCUUUCUGGCUUUGCGGGCAUGCUCACCGUCAAUGACAUCAUUCACCUCAUCCAAUACUACUAUCACCACUCCAGCUACGAUUCCGCCGCCGAAGAUGUCGAAAAGUUCCGCCUGGAACGUCUCCGUGACAUCGAACAGGCGCUCAACGUGCCCCCUCCUCCAUUGCUGUCCGUCCAUCCGCUGAGACCGCUGUUCGACGCCUGUCAGCUGCUCAUCAAGACGCACGCACGUCGUCUGCCGCUGUUGGACUACGACGAGCAGACGGGCAUGGAGACCGUCGUGUCCGUCUUGACGCAGUAUCGUGUUCUCAAGUUUAUCGCCAUGAACUGCAGAGAGACGUCGGCGCUCUGGAGGAGCUUGCGGCAGCUCAACAUUGGUACCUACUGCCAGUACUACAAAGCGGCGCGUGGGAGCACUUCGAGCGGCACAUCGCACCGGGGAUCCGACGCAAGCGAGCCGGGUAUCCUUAAAACGGAGCACGGUCAGAGUCUCAACAUGAGCGAGCUGUCUCCCGACACUACUGCCGCAGAGGAUGCAACGCGCCACGAAUCGGAUGCUUCUAGUGCUCCGGCAUCGGCAUCGCGCAAUGGCGCCGCUGCUGCUGCUACAGCGGAAACAGAUGCAGCAGAAGCAGCGUCGACAAACCCGUACGCGCCUAUCGCAACAGCGACGCUCGACACGACCGUAUUCGACGUAGUCCACAUGUUUUCCGAACGCGGUAUCUCGGCCGUGCCCAUUCUCGACGAGGAUGGCAACGUCGUCGAUCUGUACGAGACCGUCGACGUUAUCACGCUCGUCCGCACGGGAGCAUACACGUCUCUGGACCUAACGAUCCGGCAAGCGCUCGAGCGGCGGCCUCCCGAUUUCGCGGGCGUGUGGACGUGUUCGCCUGACGACUCGCUUGCGUCGAUCUUUGCGCUUCUGCGCAAGCGGAGGGUGCAUAGGAUGCUGAUUCUGGAGCCCGAGCCGAUCCCGCUCAAGAGCGACACUUUGGGCGCGGACAAGACGGCGCCACUCGAGGAGCUGGACAGCUACGUCGACGAUUUGGUCGAGGAGGAGAAGCAGCGCGAGAAGAACGACCGGCUCGCGUUCAUCAACGAUCCGAGGGCAGCGCUCGAGGAGCGGCUCGAGAAGGGCGAUCCGGUGCGCAAGAGUAGGGGCAAGCUCGUGGGGAUUGUGUGUCUGAGUGAUAUACUGAGGUAUGUUAUUGGGGAGCAUUCGAUUGGUGAUGAUGCAGGUGCGGGGGUGGGUGCGGCAGCGGGGGGCGCGAGGAGCAGGGGCACCAGUGUGGCCAGCAGCGCCGGCGGCUCGCACACGGACGCACCGGACCCAUCCGCCCAGCCGAAAUCGGCAGAGGCCGUCACGGACGUCACGUCGCCAACCACGUCGUUGGACGCCACCCAGACGAUCCACGAGGACCAGGCGUUGCAGCUCUGA